CGUCAGCGUGUGCAAAGCCAGGGCCGUCAGUUUCCCGUGCACACACACACGCGAGGACGUACACACACACACACCCAGCACGGGAGAUGAGGGAGAGUGGGUUGAGCGGCGGCCUCCCAGGGCAUGAACGGGUGCGGGCGGGGCGGAGCGGCAGCCCGAGGGCAGUGAGGGCGGGGGAGGUGAUCCUGCGCUCCAAGGCCUUCGCCCAUGUCAUCGACGCGACCUACGUGUCCAUGUACUGUGACACCUGCAUCGUGUACCUCAAAGACUGCCUCCUUCACCCGUGCCAGGAGUGCCGCGUCGUGUGGUACUGCAGCAAGAAGUGCGAGGAGGAAGCCCAGGCGUGGCACCGCCUGGAGUGCCCCGCCCUUAAGAGGAGGCUGCACAACCUGCCGCCGGACUUCGUGAGGCUCCUGGCCAGAGUGAUCCUGAGGCUCAGGAAUGGCGGCGACAAGCAUGUGGAGAUGUUUACAGAGAGGGAAGGACGGCGCUUCAGGGACCUUAUGAGCCACUACCGGGACAUCAAGAGGACGGAGGAGAAGACCCAGGACGCCAAGUACCUGAGGGAGGAGCUGGGCAAGUUCAUCGGGGAAAGACUCCUGCCGAACAUGUGUGACUUCAUGGGGAUCUACGGCAGGAUCCUGGUGAACCGCUUCUCCCUGAUCGACAAGGUGAUGCUCAACAUAGGCUCCACCGUCUACCUCGCCGCCUCCAUCUUAGACCACGACUGUUCGCCUAACUGCUCCACCGCCUUCUCCGGCCGCACCGUCGAGAUCAGGAGCCUCUUCGACAUGCCCUCCCUCGAUUAUAAUAAGUGCCGCAUCGCCUACGUGGACCCCGUCUGCACCGUGACCGCGCGCCGUAAGGACAUCUACCGGAAGUGGUUCUUUUGGUGUGAGUGCAAGACGUGCAACAGCAAGGAGAGGAAGAAAUUCGAAAACUCGGGCAUUUGUGAGAACCGAGAGUGCCUAGGGUCGGUAAGCAUGCUGGACCCAGAGGAUGUGGCUACGAGCGGGAAGGCGAGGGAAGAGAAUAAGAAGAAGGUAACAAAAGAAACAUCAGUGGACCAAACGAACACACACACCAAGGCGAGGCUCCAGCAGAAGGCGCAGCAGCAGGAGGACGUGAUGAGGAAUAGGAAGGAGGACAAGAGAAAGAAGCAAGAAAGGAAGCCAUCAAUGGACCAAAAGAGUGGAAAUGGGACGAAGGACGCGACUUUGAAUCACAAGAGAGGGGAUGGGAUGAACAACGGCGAGGAGGAAGACGACAGCGACGACGAGGAUGAGGAGGACGAGGAGGAGGUGACGUAUGGGCGGUGUAGUGCGUGUGGGCGUGAGGUGAGUGCGGAGAGGACGAGGGCUUACUGGGACGCUGUGGCCUUCACGAGGGAGAAGCUGCGCAACAUGACCGAAGAGGACCCAGAAAUGGAGUCCUGCCUGGAGAUGCUGGAGCGGCAGGAGGGACUCUUAUUCUACCUGAACGCGUGGCGGGUCAGGACUCUCGACUUCGCCUUCAACGCCGCUAUGUUCAAUGGGGGGUGGAGCCUCGCCCUUAAGUACGCCGAGGAGAACGAGAACGGCAUGAGAUUCUACUACGGCGCCAAGCAUCCAGCCUACGGCAUCUUCCUUUACAAGCUCGGGAAGGGCAAGAUAUACUUCAAGGAGUUCCGCAAGGGAGUCAGUCUUCUGGAUGAGGCGGAGGCCAUACUCACCCCCGCCCUUGGGGACUCACACCCUCUCCUUGAAGACCUACGACUCGUUAACCUGACCGCCAACGAGGACAUAGAAAUCUGCCUCGAGAGACGUAUCGCAGCGGCCAUGAAGCGGGAGGAGAAGCUGAAGAAGAAGCAGGAAGAGAAGCAGGAGCAGAACGUAUUACCUCUAGGGGAUAACUUCGCCCCUCACAAGACCUUCCCGUGGUUCAGCUGCGAGAAAGACAGGAUAACGAAGCCUCUCACGCCCCUCUGUCAGAGCACUAUGGAGAGAGGUUAGGAAAGGAGUCGGAUGGUUCAGGAUGAUUAGGGAAAGUUAGGAUAGGACUGGGCAAGUUGUAUGACGAUGAGAGAAGGUAGGGAAUGGACUGGGAAAGAAAGGGCCGUAGGGGCUAUGUUCAAAGAUGUGGAAGGCUGUGAAAAGAUUGGAAAAUGUGGAGCGAAUGGGUUUUAAAGAUAGGGUAAGUGUGCAAAUAAAAGAAUAGACAAUGAAACUGAAGGGAGAGAAAGUAAAGGCAAAGAAAACUAAGAAUAUAUCAAAAGAAAGUGGGGAAAAAGUUGAAGAAGACAUGGAUAAAGCGAAUAAGGUAGAGACAUACGUGGUGGAAAAGACUAAAUUACGUGUGAAAGGUAUAGAAAAGGCAGAGAAAGUGAAGGAAGCAGUAAGAGAGAAAAGGUUGGGAAAAAUAUAAGGGAAGGAGAAAGAGGGAAAGUAAAAUGAAAAUACUCCCCCAAUAUAACUACAGCGAAUACUGAGGUAGAGACGUGAGAUGGAAAAGACUAAGAUAUGUGUGAUAGGUGUAGAAGCGACAAUGAAAGUGAAGGCAAAGGUGAGAGAGAAAAGGUUGGGAAAAACAUUAAGGAGGACAAGAGGAAAAUGACAUGAAAAUAUAGCGAAGGAAAAGAGGAAAAUGAAGUGAAAAUGUAAGAAUGGAAAAGAGGAAAGAGAAAUGAAAAUGAGGGAGGAAAAGAGGAAAAUGAAGUGAAAAUGAAAGAAAGGAAAAGAGGAAAGAGAAAUGAAAAUGAGGGAGGAAAAGAGAAAUGAAAAUGAGGGAGGAAAAGAGGAAAAGAGAUAUGAAAAUGAGUGAGGAAAAGAGGAAAAGUGAAAUGAAAAUGUAAGAAAGGAAAAGAGGAAAGUGAAAUGUAAAUGAGGGAGGAAAAGAGGAAAAUGAAAUGAAAAUAUAAGGGAGGAAAAGAGGAAAAUUAAAUGAAAAUGUAAGAAAGAAAAAGAGGAAAGAGAAAUGAAAAUAUGAGAGAGGAAAGGAGAAAGGAGGAAAGAGAAAUGAAAAUAUGAAGGAGGAAAAGAGGAAAGAAAAAAUGAAAAUAUAAGGGAAGAAAAAAGGAAAAGGGAAAUGAAAGUAUUCCUCUUCCUAUGUGACCGUCGCUUCCUGCCAUCAAAUAAUGUAAGGUCGUGAUAAGUAUUGGCAAAGCUCUCUAUAUUUUUACCGAUGUCAUCCCUUCGAGGCCAUCAUUACCGCACCGCCUCUCCCUCCCUCCCUCUCCCUCAUCCUCUACCUGUCCAUCACAUUAACAUUAUUUUUCUACUGUCAUUCGUCACUCACUCACUUUCACUCACUCACUCGUCUCUGGAGGGAAAGAGAUUGAUUCCGUCUGUCAUUCUCACGACUUGGAAAUGCAACGAUGAUGAUAACAAUGAUGAUAAUGAUGAUAAUAGUAAUAAUGAUAGUAACAAUAUAUCACUUAAUUUAACACGGAGAAAGGCAUAUACGCGCGCUUGUUCCAGUGACCGACUUUUUAAAAUACAUGAAACCCACGAAGCUAAAAGAAAAAUAAUGAAAAAAAAUAAACUUGAAAAAAAUGAAUGGGAAAAAUAUAAGCAAGUUGUAAUUGAAUAACUUUCUCGCCUCCACUGCAGCUUUGUUUUUUUGUUUUUUACUUAUAAGAAUAUCACGUGUGGUCGAGAAUAUUUGAGCAAUUUCAAUAUAUACACGUUUUACUUUUUCUCUAGUUUAUUGUAUGUGUAUGACUCAUGUAUUUCUAUUAAUAUUUAUUUCUCUAGGUAUUUUUCUCUUGUCCAUAUCCAUGACAACUAUAUUAUUUAUUUUCUGGGUAUCGCUCUAGUUAUCUCUCUGUUUUCAAUUUAUAUAUUUUAGUUAGGUAUUAUUAUUUUGUUUUAGUAUCUCUUUUUCUCUUUCCAAUAAUCAUAACUCGGCUACAUUAUUCUUUAUUUCUUUGGGCAUCAUUCAAGGCAUCUUUCUAUUUUCACUUUAUUUAUCUUUGUUUGGUAUUAUAUUAUUGUGCUUCUCUAGGUAUUUCAUUAUCUAGGUAUUCGUUUUUAUCUUUUCCAUAUAUAUAACUCUGCUGUAUAUCUUUAUUUCUCUAGGUACUGUUUUUUCUCUUCCAUAUAUAUAACUCUGCUGUAUAUCUUUAUUUCUCUAGGUACUGUUUUUUCUCUUCCAUAUAUAUAACUCUGCUGUAUAUCUUUAUUUCUCUAGGUACUGUUUUUUCUCUUCCAUAUAUAUAACUCUGCUGUAUAUCUUUAUUUCUCUAGGUACUGUUUUUUCUCUUCCAUAUAUAUAACUCUACUGUAUAUCUUUAUUUCUCUAGGUACUGUUUUUUCUCUUCCAUAUAUAUAACUCUACUGUAUAUCUUUAUUUCUCUAGGUACUGUUUUUCUCUUCCAUAUAUAUAACUCUACUGUAUAUCUUUAUUUCUCUAGGUACUGUUUUUCUAUUCCAUAUAUAUAACUCUACUGUAUAUCUUUAUUUCUCUAGGUACUGUUUUUCUCUUCCAUAUAUAUAACUCUGCUGUAUAUCUUUAUUUCUCUAGGUACUGUUUUUCUCUUCCAUAUAUAUAACUCUGCUGUAUAUCUUUAUUUCUCUAGGUACUGUUUUUCUCUUCUAUAUAUAUAACUCUGCUGUAUAUCUUUACUUCUCUAGGUACUUUUUUUCCUCUUCCAUGUACAUACCUCUGCUGUGUACUAUUACUGUUGUCAUUUCCGUGUGUGGGUUGAUAGUAGGCACUGCGCUGUACCUUCAUUUAUUAAAAAGUUUUGCCUAUAAAUUG